CGGGAUUCGGUUUUGUGUGUAUAUGAACUGAUGGAAUUAUUGUAGAGACUGUCCCUCCAAAACGCCCAUUCCUCCUGUUUCCCCGAUUAAUUCCUUCUUUGAUUUUGUUGUUCUUUUUCUCACAUUCCCGAUUCCCAAAAGAGAAUGAUUACCUGCUCAAUAGGUCGAUACAUAUGCAAGGCCCUCAAAGUGCAAUCAAAAAGGCAAAGCAAACAAAUCCAAACAAAGCAGAUGAGCCAAGAAAACACAGACAAAAAAUCCUCUCACAAAAGACACAAUUGCCAACUGAGGCAAGCACCGUUACCCCCGCAAACAGGUCUAUGCAGCAAUGAGUGAAUGGUCUCGGACAAUCCGGCCUGUCCUCGACCCCAGGCCGUCCCCGGGGACUUCCAGACUAAGCCUAAGCCAGCACCAGCACCCCGACCACAAUGCCCCCGACCAGCGACAGCGCCGAGGCGACCAUCUUGGUGCUCCCGCUCGUGGUCAGACCAUUCGUUGCGCUGGGGGCGGCCGGCGCGGCACCACCGCCCUCGCCGCCGCUGCCGCCGCCGCUGCCGCCAUUACCGCUCCCGCCGUUCGAGCCGGAGCUCGUCGCCGAGUGCGUGGCCUUCGGGCUCGUGGUGUUGGUGAACCCGGCGCUGGGCGUCGUCACGGGGACGAUGGACGGGGUCACGAUCGCCGGCGGCGCCGUGGUCAAGGGGAUGACGGGCACGCUGGCCGGCACGCUGGCCGGCACGCUGGCGUUGGCGGGGAUGGGGAACGGGGGCACCACGACGACCGCGGGGACGGUCGAUGCGGUCACGGCGGCGGGUUCCUCCGUCGCGGCGGGGGUCUCGGCCGUGCUGAUGACGACGGCGGGCGCUUGCGUGGUGGGCUGUUGCUCGGUCUGCACGGGCACCGGGAUGGGCUCGGUGGCGCCGCCCGGCGUGGUGGGGAUGCUGACCGGGAUGGUGGUUGGGGUGGUGAUGGUGGUCUCGGGCUGCGUGGCGUUCUGGCGCGCGUGGAUGAUGCCGUGGCGCGCGUGGGCGGUGCCCGCUGCGAGGGCCAGGGCCGCUGCGAGAUGGUUGGAGAUGUGCAUUGUGGUGUGCUUUCUUUGCUUUGGGAGGGGAGAGGGGAGAGGGGCCAGAAACAGCAGUGGCUUGACUGGGACAGGGAGUAGGAUUGGGGCUGUUUUGCUUGAAGCAAAGAUGAGGAUGGGCGAUGAACGAUGAGGGAGGUGUGAUGGGAGGGGUGGGUUGGGGAGGAACCUUUAUAGCUUUUCCCUGUCGUUCGAAUCCGGUAGGUUAGUCCUCUGGAUUUUGGGCUGGCUGUUGUUGCUUUCGUUUUGGGGUUGUUUGUUUGAAUCUACACAUC